AUGGCUGUACUACGUCUGGACAUAAGAUGGGUUCGCCCUUUGCUGGAAGACGUGGAUCUCGACCUUAAAAAUCAUCUAUCUUGCAAGAGACCCACGUGCGUAGUUUACUCCCGAAGACAGGAUCCUCGAUGCAACACCCGAGAGUGCGAAGACCCCGCGCAAGUGUGUGCCAAGUUGCGGGAGGAUCUGGCGGAGGUCCCCUUCCUGUUGCAAGAUUUCCCUGAAAGUUUUAAGUACUUGAAAUACGAGGACCUGGCUGUAGAUACAAACGGGACGGCGGUACAAGAUCUCCUGAUCUUUGUAGAAACAGACGAAUCGUCGUCAGCAUGGGUACAAAAGGGCGUGGCUAGUGACGCAUUCCUCUGGCGAAAGGAUAUGGCUUUCGACGAGGUUCUGGAGGUACAGGAUGUUUGUGAAGUUCCUCUGAGGGCACUGGGGUAUCGGAUUUUCGUGAAUGAAGAAGAAUUUGGUAAUCCAUCUGUUUCUGUAAUGAAUAGCUGAUUACAUGAUCGAGUGAUUGACUGGCCUACCUGGUAUGCAAGCGUACAUGAGCGCUUAAACACGUUAGGUGGCCUACACACACACACACACACACACACACACACACACACACACACACACACACACACACACACACACACACACACGCACACACACACACGCACACAAACACACACACACACAUACACAUACACAUACACUUACACAUACACACACAAACAUACACACGUUCCUCGCGCAUUGCAUGUGUUCGAAGGCCACCACAGGUACCUCGGUCCAGUGUAACACAGUCCUACUAGAUGAAUUUCUAUAGGCUAAGCAUUAUUCGGCAGAUGUAAUUACAGGAAGACUUUCUUUUUUAAAUGAUUACGAAUCUACGAUACUUUAGAUUACAAUGUAGCGUGGUACUUCUUUAAGGUUUGAUCAUAUGGACGUUUUCGAAUUCAAUUUCAGUAUCUCAAAUCUGGGUUUUAGUGAUGAUAACCUUAAACAUGUCUACAGCUGGCGAUUGACGUUUUGUGAUGGGUUAAUUUUAGUGCUUUAAGCACUAAAGACAUGAUAUGGCCUCAUACUCAUACUAAUCAUAAAUAUGCAACAGCAAGUGACAGAAAAAAGAAAAGAAAAGGCUCUAUCAUAGAAUGCCUCUAGGGGUGUACAAUUUCUAAUG